CCAUAAAUUUGUUCUUUAUAGCAAGCUUGUCUUUUGCAUUUCGAAGAAUAUGUAAGGUAAGUACACAAACCAGAAUCAAUUGCAAGUUUUAUUAGGUGCUUUCUGGACGGAAUUACAAAACCUGAAAAGUUAUUCUUCAUUCUCACUCUAUAAUUACUGCAGCUUCAGCUUCACAUCUCACGCCUCAAAAAUCUGAAUCAAUUCUAUUUUCACUCAUCUGAUCAUUUCCAAAAUCAGUAGUAAUCAUGGGUGUUUUCACUUACGAAUCUGGGGUUGUUACUGCAAUCUCACCAGCCAAGAUGUUUAAGGCUUUUAUCCUUGAUGGUGACAAGCUUAUUGCCAAGAUUGUUCCUCAGGCUUUUAUGAGUGUUGAGUACAUUGAAGGCAAUGGUGAGCCUGGUAGUAUCAAGAAAGUAACUUUUGGAAAGGUUAGAAGUCAAUUCAAUUACGUGAAGCAGAAGGUAGAAACACUAUAUAAAAAAAAUUUUGUCUAUAGUUACGGUGUGAUCGAAGGGGAUGCUUUAAUGAACACACUUGAGAAAAUCACUUAUGAGACAAAGUUAGAGGCCUCCGCAGAUGGUGGAUCGAUAUGUAAGACUACCAGUAAGUAUUACACCAUUGGUGACUUUGAGCUGGAGGAGUAG